AUGAGGAUUUCUAUUGCUAUUGCUGCUGCGGUGGCUUCACUACUUGUACUUGUUUCUGCACAGGCUGCAGCUUUGGGUCAAUGUAUGUUUGAUGCUUUUGUGGGAUUGAUAUUUGAUAUUGUAGCGCUAAUGGAAUAUUAGGUGGCCUUAUUGGCUACACAAGUUCUCCAACUCCCACUGCGGGGUAUUCUUCUACUAGGGGGAGCGAUUACCCCAGCACUACGACUUCCGCUAUGGGAUAUCCUACUACUGGGGCGAGCGAUCGUACGGAAAUCUACUUCUACCCAAGGUUUUGCAUUGCUAAUACAAAGGAGCCUCUAGAUUACCCCCACCCCACCCUAGAACCAUCUGGUGUUACUUGCUCGGGAGCAACCAAAUUCAAGUACUUUGGAGGUGAUUACGCCCCUUAAUUAUUCGAGGUUGGUGAACUAACUAGAACCGACAGUAAACCAGGCUGGCGCUGAGUUUGCAGGUGGUACCGUUCCCGGCGAAUUGGGAACUCACUACACCUGGCCUACAACAACUAGCAUAGAUGUCUGUCUUCCGUGACAUGUCUCCGUGAAAUCUACGAUGCUGAUUUGCCCUUAGUACUUCCUUGACAUCGGAAUGAAUACCUUCCGUAUUCCGUUCCUGAUGGAGAGGAUGGUUCCACCCGCCCAAGGUCUAGCUGGAACUAUGGACGCUACAUAUCUUGCAGGGCUGAAGAAGGUGUGUCGCCGUGGCACUAAAUGAAGAAACCGACAUCUUACAAGCUUAUAGAUUGCUACCUACGUCACCGGAAAAGGAGGAUAUGCUGUCAUUGACCCACACAACUACGGCCGCUACAACGACAAAAUUAUCACCGAUACCGCUGCCUUCGGCACAUGGUGCAAGAACAUCGCCAGAGAGUUCAAGUCCGACCCCAAUAUUAUUUUCGGUACUACUCAAUCUUUCCGAUUCAAUAUUUCCCGCUCUAACUUUGGUAGAUACCAACAACGAAUUCCAUAACAUGGACCAGACCCUCGUCUUCGAUCUCAACCAAGCCUGUAUCAACGGAAUCCGCGCUGCAGGUGCCACUUCUCAAUUGAUCUUGGUGGAGGGUAACUCAUGGACCGGCGCCUGGACCUGGGUCUCCAGCGGCAACGCCCCAAGCAUGAUGGAACUGAAGGACCCCAACAACAAUAUUGCAUUCGGUAAGCCUUCCAAUUUCCCAGAAUGUUCAAAAACACGGCUAAGCAAUGACAGAGAUGCAUCAAUAUCUUGACGCCGACGCUUCCGGAACCUCCGAGUCCUGCGUAUCCUCCACCGUUGGUGAAGAGAGACUUACCGCCGCUACCAACUGGCUCAAGCAGAACGGAAAGAAAGGAUUCCUUGGUGAAAUCGGCGCUGGAAGUAAUGACGCUUGUAUCGCAGCGGUCCAUGGCGCUCUCUGUCACAUGCAGCAGGCCGACGGUGUCUGGCUUGGUACGACUUUAUCUGUUCCCUAGGUGAUAUAGUAUGAUUGCUGACUGAUGUGUCUUUAUUAAUUGUAGGUGCUCUCUGGUGGGCCGCUGGACCUUGGUGGGGAACUUACUUCCAGAGCAUUGAACCUCCGAAUGGUCCUUCGAUCUCUAGAAUUCUCCCAGAGGCUUUGAUGCCGUUUAUUUAAGGAAUUUGAAAUUUGAAAUUAUUCUUUUUUGCUUUCGAGGGAGAAAUAAAUUAAUUUGUGGAAACAUUCACCCGCUCUGGGAGGGUCUUCUGAAAUGGAGUUUCACGGGGACUUUUGGCGAGGGAGUGUAGGCUGUCAAAUAUAGAGGCUAUCCAAAGCACGCUUUGCUGGUGGUGAGAUCGCUUGGGUCUAGGGAUACGCGGCUUUAAUUAAAUUGUGAUGGCGCCGGUACUACUCCGGUCAUGUCUAAUCACUCGACUAUUGACUCCACAUGAUUGUUGGAAAUGUCGUAUGUGAGGUGAGGGAUAGAACCAGGAUUUUUAACUGUUGUCUCUUGUUCAUUGUUACUUAGGUGCCACACAGUGGUACUUAUGCCUGUGUGAGGUAUCUAUAUACAGUGCCGAUGAUAUGUGUCCCCAGUAUGCCUUGUCGGGCAAUGUUCCGUCACAUUGAAGUCAUCCUUUCAACAAUGAUACCUAUUGAAAUUCGCAUAUGGAUAGUCCUCCGUAUCAAAUUCAUCUAGCAAUGGAUUCUAAAAUAUGAUUCCCGUUCCAGAAGUGUAUAGCUCCGGACCUAGCCACUUUGACUCUGUUUUGUACUCUAGGGUCACGAAUGAUACGCGUGAGUUUUCACUACGUUCGACUAUCUAGUUCAAGCACUGUAGUCCCUAUUUACAGGCCAUUUCUGGAGCGUCCAUGGUUCAUUUGGCCUCCGGAAAAAAACCAGCUCCCGGGGGAGAUAUCAAGUGUAUAUGUUUUUCUCAAAGGAUAGUUUAUUCCGUCAUUCCCUCAUCACCUAUCCCCCCCACCUCUUAAUCCUUUGUCUGUUCCUUUGGGAGCCGACAUGGGGUUGAGGUAAUACGCAGGGCAUCACCGGCCGUGCGCUCACCCGCCGGGUAUGAUACAGUAGCCCAAAAAACAGACUAUCAUAGAGCUCAAGGAGGUUUUGUUCUCACGAUAUAGUCUUUACCCCCCCGCUCUGCGCCCAGGAAAGUAAUGACAACUAGAAGGCGUGGAAAGAAAAAAAGGAAAUCGAAUAUCGAGAGUAAAUCAAAAAUUGAGCAGCCCAGGUGUCCGGAGACAGCUGGGGUAGUGCCUACCUUUGUCGUGCAAUAAAGGUGGGACACCGCGAGAGCCUACGAUUGAUGAGCGGAGGGCUCUCCUACUAGGUAAGUAUGAAGAAGGGAGAAGUAAUGGAGAGGGGAGGUAUUUAUAGAGGCAAGUUUGGGAUGCCAAGGCGUGAUGACUUUGGCCGACAGGCAUUGAUAGGGUUGAGGGUCCGACCUUAGGGGAGGAGUUCAAUGAAGGGCAAUGUAUCGCAACACGGGCUCAGUAGUCGGACUUUAGGGAACUUCGUUUAGAGUACAGAAGGGUGUUGAAUACUUUACCCCCGCGGCAGCAUCCCGGAAGGCCGUUACAAAGAAAUAAAAGAACAAGAGCCCGCCAGAACAGACAAAUAAGGCCCGGGACCCUUCUAGGUCUUUCUCAAAAAUCAGUACUACUGCAUGAUCUUCCACGUUGGGAGAAGUGGGAAACACGGAGGUAAUAAAAAUGAGAGAGGGGGUGAAAUUUGGGUAGAAAGUCUAGAUACUUAUAGAAGUGAUUUUUGGGGUAGAAUCUAUCUGGAAAGUCGAUAAUAUGCAUCUAAGCAUACAAACCAUGGGGGAUUGUGCAUCCCGUGGAGAAAGCGCUCCUUUUGGUUGGUGAUGUUUGUAACAGUAGUGUGGAGUAAGAGGAUUUUUUGAAUACGCCAGCUGCUUGUAAAAGCUCGUCAUUCCGUUGCCCGGGGAGGAUCUGAACAUCCACCCAUAAAUGGAGUUUACAGUGAGGGGCUUUUUUAAGGGGAGAAAAUACUUGUUUUGUUUUGUGAAGAAAGUUCCGAGGAAACAAUCGCCAUGCUGUCCGGGAUACUAAAUUAACUAUGAUUGAUUUUAUACUGCUGUUUAAGGGCCCUCUUGAGUUUUCUGCCGCCUCCUCGCACCUCAGCUGCGAUAGAGAGGGAGGGUUGGGGAAAAUAGAAAGGAACAGGCCCCACUGUGAACAUAUUACCGGCAACCUUCUGCACUUCACGGAAUCGCACUUUUUUCAAAAGGAACGGUAGCAUUAGUACCGAAACAAUCGAAAUCCCCUUCAUCCCCUCGCGCAACAGCCAGGAGGAUGACGAAAAAGAGAACAGAGAAGAAAGGCCACAGGGGGUAAAUCAAAAAUUGAGCAGCCCAGAUGUCCGGAGACAGCUGGCGCAGCGCCUGCCUUCGGCGUGCAACGAAAUCAGAACACAGCGAGAAUCCACCGUUGAUGAGCGGAGGACUCCACCACUAGGUAAGUAUGAGGAGAGAAGAAGGAAUGGGGGAAGGAGGUAUUUAUAGCGGAGACGGGGUAGCCAAGACUUUGUGAAUUUUGGCCGACGGGAAUCGAUAGGGCUGCUGGUUUAACAUCAGAGAAUUGCGCCGCGAUAGUGGCCGGAUAAGCAAAAAAUGAUUAAGGACCUGUUGAGCACGCCAGGAUUACACUAUGAUUUGGACUUAAAGUCCCGACUUGAAAACCAAAGUCUAGAAACUCCAAAGUCCGGACUCUGUAAACUAGCCAUACCAAACACGACAGGGUUUAGGUUAGGACUAUGGAGAACUUGUGUAUCUGAUG